GAGUGAGCCCAGUCUCGCGGUGGAUGUUGGGACGGGCCGCUAAGUUGUAAGGAGCGCGGAAGCUCCGCUUCUAGCGGCCCCGUUUUGCCUCACGAAAUAAAGAAACCGAAAGCGGCGGCUGCUGCUUCGAAAGUUUGGGGCUCUUCUGCCCAGCGACCGGGGAAAUGAGUCGCAUGGGGUAGAAAGAAGACUUAACGCGGGGCGUCCCGGCCAAGCGGGGAGGUGAGGAAGGGGAGGCGGGGGGGGGAUGUCUGUUAUUGUGGGGGUUUGGGGGGAGGGGGCGGUCCCUGGCGGGUUACAUGACAGCUGGCGGAGUUCUCCCUCUGGUCCUCUACGUCGAGUUGACACCUGUUGGGACACAGAGGCCCCUGAUUGGCUGGGGUUGGGCGCUUGUUUUGCCUUGAGGGGUGUAGGGACCCUUUGUCCUUUGAACUGGUUGCCCCACCUGGAACAGCUUUAUCUGCCCCCAGUGAGAGGUGGGAGCCACUGGGUGGGGGUGUCUGGCCCUCCUCCUCCUCCUCCUCCUCCGCCGCUUCUCCUUUGCCCCAGGUUGCUGCCCUUGGAACUACAGUGGUACCUCGGGUUACUUACGCUUCAGGUUACAUACGCUUCAGGUUGCAGACUCCGCUAACCCAGAAAUAGUACGUCGGGUUAAGAACUACUUCAGGAUGAGAACAGAAAUCGUGCUCGGGCUGCGCAGCGGCAGCAGGAGGCCCCAUUAGCUAAAGUGGUACCUCAGGUUAAGAACAGUUUCAGGUUAAGUAUGGACCUCCGGAACGAAUUAAGUACUUAACCUGAGGUACCAGUGUAACCAGAAGCGGCUCUUGAACUGCCACAGUGUCUCUUACAAAGCCGGUGUAUACUGCCCUAUAUGUACCCGUAGGUCUCAGGGCGGUUCACUGGAUGAAAUCAGAAUAUAAAACCACAAAGUACAUAAUCAAAAUAGUUUAAACAACAACCCCAUAACCACCCCAACAUAUUUUAAAAGGGCAUAGGAUAUCAAUCAAAUUGUUUCUUAGCAUAAGAAAAAGUCCUGGUUGAUCAGGGCCAAGGCCUGUCUACUUCAGCAUCUUGCUGCCACAGUGGCGGUCCAGAUGCUUAUGGGAAGCUUGAAAGCAGGGCCUGAGUGCAACUGCAAUCUCCCCUCCUGCUUAUGGCAAAUGAAUAAACCAGGUUACUGCCACUGACUGCCUGACCCUGAGUGAGCAACUAGCUAGGCAGGCAGGUUAGAAGCAUGUUCAUUGCAGCUUGUCCCCCAUCAGCAGCAUAAGUGUUGCUCCAUCCAAUUUUUUUGUCACACAAAAAUCACAUUUGUGAAUGGAGUGGCAUUUGUAGUCUCAUAUUGAAUGUGAACACCCACACACCAAUUUCACUUUAUCUGUUAACUGGUGGUAAGUAGCAAUUCUAUGGCAACUUCAUAAAUGCUCCUACCCCUAUGUAUAAACUCUAGGCUGUUGGUCUUCAACUGGUGCCCAGUAUCACCUUAUGUAAGGUGGAUGUCAGCAGCAGUUUAAUGCUUUUCAACUGAAGUUCUUAUUCUUACCAUAUACUGGUUUUAGUAAAUGUUGGGUUGUUUUUACUAUGUAUUGAUGCAAUUAAAAAAGUUAUUUGUAAGCUCCUUUGGAUCUGUUUAAUCAAUACAAGCGGGUAGAAAUUCUAUAAUAAGGUGCUUGGGGAGCAGAUAAUUUGUGGAUUUUCUUUCUGAACUUGUCUGCUGCCUUACAAUUUAGUGGGACAGGCAUCAGAAUUCAAAUGUGAUUUGCCAACAUAUUUUUUUUUCCAGGCUUGUCCUGAAUAAUUAUUGUUGGAAAUUGGCAAUUCUUUGUUUUUACUGAAACACAGACUUAACAGUCUGGAAAUUAGAUUGAUACAGGAAAGAUCCACAUAAGAUACCCUUCAGUAUAUAUCCUGCAGUAGCUGUGCUACAUUGGGCUGUGGCUUGUGACUGGUCUGUUUCUAUAGUGGUACCCCAGCUAUGGAACUCGUCUAUCAUAAAUGUAGCAGGGCACCUACAUUUUUGAAUGGAGUUCACUGCCAGAUGAAGACAUACCUCUUCAUCAAGGCUUUUGGGUGCACUUGUUUUUGGUAACUGCCGCUGCUGCCCAUUCUGGUAUGGAUUUUAGUUCUUCUUAAUUUCUAAUGUUGUGUUUUGUAGUUUUUUUAAUGUAAACCAUCCAAGGUCAUUGGUGGUAAAGAGGAGUAUAGAAACUAAAUAAAUAAGGCAGCCAGCCAACGAACCAGCAUUGACCUUGGCUGUAGCUUUAAGGAUGGUAAUAUUUAAGAGCUUGCUCUUCUCUUCUCUCCUCUCUCCCAUUCCUUUUUCCUCACAUGUUGUGUCUUUUUAGAUUGUAUGACUGAGGGCAGGGCCUGCCUUAGAACUGAUUUUGUAAGCUGCUCUGAGAGUCUGUUUGCCUGAAAGGUGGGUAUAAAUGCUGUAAAUAAUAAUAAAUACUUGAGUAAAUAAAUCCUGGAAUGUUCAUAAUUCAGAAUGAAUUCAGAAUGCAUCUCAACAUAUGAUUUUAAUUGCUUUUGACGUUAUAUUUUGUUUCACAUGGAACUUCAAAACAGGUAUUUAUUUUCAUAAUUGAUCUGAUCAUUUUCAAACAAUUAGCUGUGAACAUAAGGCAGCACCAACAAGAAAUGUCUGGGCUUCAAAUGUUUUCCAUAACUUAUUGUAUUAACCUGCCUAGCUUUACACUUCUGCCAAUUAUAACAAAGAAUAUUUUGUCAUUUAGAAUAAUUUUUAAUAGGUAUGACCAAUCUCACCUGCAUUUUCUUCUUUUUGCUUACAGGUGCAGCCAUGCAGGAAAGCAUCCGAUUUGCUUCAUCGGGAGAUGAUGAUGUUAAAAUAUGGGACGCUUCAUCCAUAACUGUAGUGGAACAGUUCAGUCCCCAUACUUCAUCACACCCAGUUAGCUCUGUAUGCUGGGGCAGCAACAGUAUCCUUUGCCACUUCAUGAGGCACAACAUCUAGAGCUAUAGCACUCAUUGUUUAGUGGCAAUUUUUAGUUUUGUCUCUGGGGCCAGUGAGCUGUGCUUUAAUACAAACAAACAAGCCACAGAUACUUUUGCAGUGCUAAUGAGGUUUAAUUGAUAUAAUUAAUGACCUAUAGUAGCAGCAUCUACAUGGAUUUUGGGCAUCCAUAUUCAUAAACUAUCAUCCGUUAAAUAGCAUCUGUGCUGUAACAACUGAAAGAAUAUGAAUAAGUCAGCUCUGUUCUUUAAAAUUCCAAAUACCCCUGGCCUCCGGAGAGAGUGAACAAGCAUAUGUGAGAACAAAUGUGCUCAAGACCAAAAGCUGAAUUUAUCAGAGUAUGGAAAUGGAAUGCAUUUCAAAGGUGUAUGUUCCAUUUAAAUAUACUUGGUUUACUUCUUACAGACUGCCUUGGCAAUUUGGUUCAAUAACAGCUUAGUUUAAACCAGGGGUCAGCAAGGUUUAUCUUGCCUGGGCCAGAUUGGUCCCGUGGAGAUCCCUCUGUGGGCCGGAUCGCACGCGUGCCCGCGUUUUUCUGUGUCUGCACAGAUGUGAUGUGCACAGAUGUGAUUUUUGGCGCCGCGGAAGCGAGUCCCUGUGGUGCGCGGCGCCAGUUUAGUGCAGCGUGAGAGUGGGUGGGGGUGGCUCGGGGGCCAGUAAAACGACCUCCGCAGGCCGCUUCCGGCCCAUGGGCCUUAGGUUGCUGACCCCUGGUUUAAACUAUCUUCCUCCUUGUGGUUUCACUUGGAUACAGGUGGCUAUAAAUACCUCCCCUUGUGUUCCUCUUCAUGCCUCUCCUCCAGGACACAGAGGAGGAACGGUUAUAUAUGUGUACAUAUUCUCGUUCUCAACCUCUAGAAGCAGCUGUCAUUAGUGCUGCAUUGUUUCUCUACUGUUCAAGGGAAAGACUGUGGUAGAACAUGUGCUUUCUGUACAGAAGGUCCCAGGUUGAAUCCCUGACUUCUCUAAUAAGGAGGAGUAUGCAGUGUCCUUACACAGUCUUUGUUCUUGAGGCAGUAUGCAUAUUUGUUUCUUCUUUCCAGGAGGGAUAUAAGAUGAGGAAAUAAACAGUGCCAGGGCUUUUUCUCCAGAUGUGCUAGAUAUGGCCAUGCUCUGUAAUAUGAGGGCCCUACCGCAACCCCAGAGUCGUCUGCGACUGCACUUAACUGUCAGGGGUCCUUUACCUUUUUAUGUGCAAGUGAAGCUGCAUAUGUCCAGAGGCUCCCCCCUUAUUUUAGUUGGACGAUGUUCCAUUUUUGAAAAUGUGGUUUCUUAUUGUGGUUUUAUAGCAUUCCAAGUAUAGAUGAGCACGUGUGGUGCUUCAUUUAUGGGCCAGAAGCUCUGGCAUGUCAUUGUGCCCAUAGUGCUGUCCCACUGUUGCAUGAUCACAAUGUGUAUAUGAGCCACCAGUAUACAAGUAUACAGUAUGCAAGCCACCAGUCCAAGCCACAGAAUUUCCACAUUGCCUCAGUGCUUGAAACACUUCGGUGCUUGGAUUACCUUUAUUUGUUUUUUGUAUUUUUAUCCACUCCCCGCCCCUCCCCAGGAACUCAAGGUGGUGUACGUUGUUCUCCACUUCCUUGUUUAAUCCCCACAACAACCCUGUGAGGUGGGUUAGGAUGAGAGGCAGUGACUGGCCCAAGGCCACCCAGUGAGCUUCAUGGCUGAGUGGGGAUUUGAACCUGAGUCUCCAGGUCAUAGUCCAGCGCUCUAUAACCACUGCACCACACUGGCUGUCAUGUCUUAACCCUAAGGAAUUUUUAUUUUCUUUUUCCAAGAACAGAGUGAGGAAUCAUUUCCCUCCUGGGCAGAGCCCCAGAGGAACUGGGACUGAAGUCUAUGCAUUAGCCAGUUUACUUAAUGCAGUAUCAUUUCAUUGAUUAGGCAUUCGGCAGGAGACGGCAAAAAAGUACUGUUUUCUGGGUGGCUUAUUGGAUUGGUUAUUUAUGGUUCUGUUUGCUUUUUAGAAAAUAUAUGCGAUGCCUACAGUGCCAUUUAUAUUUUAUUUGACCUCUUUUAUCCUCCAAACUGUUAGAUUUCUUUAGAUUGUGAGCCCUUUGGGAACAGAGCUGUUAACAUUUAGAAAAUGCUGUAAGCCGUUCUGAACCCAUUUACCAGAUGAGGAUAUACAUCUAAUAGAAACAAAAGCUUAGUUCAGCUAAAAGUUACCCCAAAUGAUAAGAAAUCAAGUGAUUUCACUUGCAUGUGUGAACCAGCUCUUAUUAAUGGCGGUGUUCAGCUUUCAUACAAAAUGCCUGAUUCCAGUAGUUCAUUGUAGCUAAAUGUCCUCUGCUUCCUAGGUAGGGAUAGUGAGUUUUCAUACCAGUUACUCCAUUCUUUUCUGUAUCAUAGACAUCUUUCUGACCAUGCACAUUUGAUUGGGUGCAUCUUAGAAGAUGUUUGAUGGAGCCUUACCUGCUGUGUUUAUCAUUAGAAUGAUGUCAGGGGAUAGUGCAGAUGGGGCUAUAUACAGGCAAGCACAAGAAUGGUUUGCUUGGAUAAUGCUUGGCUUUCUUAUUCAUUCACAACAUGUUUCUGUUUGUAAGAAGGUAGGUUUUGGAUGUUACAGUAAAUUUAGCAGUGUAAUUUCUACUGAAAAAGAAUUAGUAAAAAAUACCCUCUUGAUUGUAAUUUGGUGUAACUUAUGUCAAUACUUACUUUAAAACUGUUGUAACUUGACCUGGGACCAUAUAGUGAAAGGCAUAUAAGAAAACCAAUAUUGAUAACUGAAGUGUUAAUUUUUCUAGGUCUUGAAUUUUCCUUGAGUUGACAACUGUCAUACAAAGGAAAAUCUCCCAGAAUAAAUAGUAUCAUUGAGAAGGGACACUAGUACAUACCAUUUUUGAUAAGUCUGUGUUCUGUGUCAGGGAGUCUUGUGCUUUUCCAGAGCUGUCACCCAAUAACUUAGAUCUUCUUGCUUCUCCCCCCGCCCUGCAGUGUGUAGGUGCCAUUCAGCACAGCAGAAGCUGCUUUGAAUUCAUCUGUUCCUCUAAUUGCUGAAGGCUUUAGUUACUCGGGAUGUCUGAGCCAUUAAGUAGAUCUUGUUGGCUGUUCAGGAUCAACGGUACAGCAGCUUGUCAUCCUGUGUUGAGUUAGACAAGCUUCAGCGCAUGGAAAGCAAUGUACUAAUGUACAAUGGCUCUAAGUAAGGAAAUCUCUUUAGGCGCUUUCUGUUUUGCUUAAAAGUGACAGCUAAAUGUUAGAGAUGAAAGUUACCUUGUACACACCUGAAGUAGCGGGCUGCAGAAGUUCCUAGGCAUAUAGAAGGUUUUUGUUCUUUUCUAAAGGCCGUACCUUUCAUUGAGAAGCCACCUUGACACAUUGUUUGCGACAAUUGUUUAAAAUAAAGGAUUGGUAAUACCUGAAAAUCUUAAGCAGUUUAACUGUUUAUAAUGUAAUUUGUGUUGCUGCAGCAUGGGGCAGGUGUAAGUAAAGGAACCCAUAUCACUUGUUUGUGGGCAAGGGAGUAUUCUAAAGCACACCUGUAUAGCUCAAGCAGAUGAUGGCUUGUAAUAAACAGAGAAGCAAAAAAACAACAACAACACCAACAGCCCUGUACAGAUUUCAGCUGGCAAGUUUUAUAUGGAGGAAUUCCAUCCUCAAUUCAACAGUGGCAGUCAGUGUGAUACUGAAACUUAGGGGUAUUUAUCUGCUUUGGUUUUAUUGCACUUGUAUAGUGUUUGUUUGAAGUGGGUGGAUGUAAGUGAAGGGGGAGGUGUUAGAAAUAAACAUUCUCUACAUCAACAGACUGCUGUUCAGGUUCUGGCUUAAUGUCUUGAUGUAAUUUUGUGGAACGUGUACUCAGUUGAGUGUUAAUAUCUUGGGCUGAAGAUCUGGAGAUAUCAGAUGCCCAAUCUGUGGUUGGCAAUUCCACUGCUUAGCAUUAACACAGCUAACUUUAGAAUUCAUUGGAUUACUACUUUUUGCAAACACAUUUUUUUAUCACAAAAAUACUAGCAGCAAAUACUGCUUUGAAAUGGGGAUAGAAUUUGUGGGCAAGUAGAACAAACUGGACAUGGAAUAAGUUGCACUUCUCAGUUGGAGGAGUAUUUUUUAAAUCAUAAACUUGUGUUAAAUGGAUGCAAUGUGGAGUUCAUCUCUUGAAAGGACAAAUCCUCUCAAAACUGGAAUGUUUUCCCAUUUCUGCUUUCUUUUCUUCAUUAAACAAAACUGCAUAGUAUAUAACAACACUUGAAUCAACAUUUUUCUGUUUUGAAUUUUAUGCUAGCAUAUGUUGCUUAAGGGGCUUGGAUUAAUACUUUUCCCUUUUCAGCUACUAUAUAAAUUUUGUGCUAUGUUCCAUGACACCUGUUUCAGAUAAUUUUCUGGUCACUGCUUCUGCUGCUGGUGAUAAAAUAGUGAUUUCAAAUGGUAAAGGUAAACCAGCUCCACUCUUUGAGCUAGCUGAAGGGGUAAGUAAAACAGACUUGUUUCUUCGGAGCCAUAGAGUGUGACUUUUUGCAUGUUUACUUUGAAGCAGGUCCCAUUGUGUUCAGCAGAGAAGUGCACCUUUACCUUGAAGUAAACCCCAUUGAACACAAUGGGAUUGACAGAAUAGACACAGAUAGGACUUACAGUUACUUCAUCUAUUCCCUCUUUCAAAAUAACAGAUUUUUUAAAAAUGUAGUUAUACAUAAGUAUAUAUCUGGAGCACAGGGUGAUCCUAAAAAAAAUACUUCAAAAGGUCCCAUUGUCUUAAUGGAGAAUGCUUCCAGUUGAAAAACAAGCCAUAUUGCCUACUGCCUCUGUAGCUUUAAUUGACACUCGUGCGAGCCAAGGAGUUGUACCAAACGUACAUGACACAGUCCUCGGCCAGAGCAUUUGUGCAUGUAAUUUGUAUACAGUAUUAUAAUGAGCUACUCAAAUUAAAAAUUAAAGUUGACAUUCCUCUGUGUAUGCUUCAAUUUGGAAUGCUAACCCCACAAGUACAGUGUUAAAACUAAUGGGGUUAAAAGGAUGCUCAACUCUGUUAUUUUACUGAGUUCACUGUGCCUUGCAUUUUGUUCCAUCUGACUUCCUGAUUUCCAAAGUCUAACUGACUUUGGUACAUGUCAUUUUACUCCCCUUGUAGGCUGCUGAGUGCAUAUGUUCAUUGACCAAAUUGCAGUACAAUUUUAUAAGUGCACAUUUCUAACUUGCAAGCGGGUUACAUGUUGUCUGAACAAAAUCUGGAAAUUAAUAAAAAGGGAAAAUGGUAUUUCAGGUAUUCACUGGGGCUGGGCUGGAAACUGGGAAGAAAUCGGAAGUGAGAGAAUUUUAUUUGCUAUUCUAAAAAGAAUAUAGCUUGCUAACAACAUUGAGUGAGGACCACAAAGGCUGGCUUUGUUUGGAUGCAACUCUAAAGCAGGGGUGACUAAUCUGUGACUCUCCAGAUGUUGUUGCACUCCCAAUUCUCAGCAUCCUCAGCCAUCAUUGCCAAUGGUGAGAGAUGAUGGAAGUUGUAAUCCAGAGGACUACAAGACAGCACUCCUCCUGUUCUAAACCAUGCUUUAGCACAGGCAUAGGCAAACUCAGCCCUCCAGAUGUUUUGGGACUACAACUCCCAUCAUCCCUAGCUAACAGGACUAGUGGUCAGGGAUGGUGGGAAUUGUAGUCCCAAAACAUCUGGAGGGCCAAGUUUGCCUGUGCCUACUUUUAGCAUUACAUGGAGGAGCUGCAGUGAACAUUAGCUCUUGAGUUCCCCCUUGGCUCUCUUUUCCAGCAUGACGAAGAGGAGGAUUUUUGUGUUUCAUAUUAAUUUCCUUUUAACUUGUCUGCUGAACCUAAACAAAUUGUGGCUAAUCUCACUUAUGCUUAGUUGAAACAAACCAGCCUUGUAGCUUAGCCACAGUUUGUCUGGCUUUGGACAUCAUGGAUAGUUGCAGUCAAUCUAAAAUGGAAGUGAAAGAUACUAAAUUCCACACAGCUGUACCAGAGAGGGAUUACAAGAGGCUCAUUGUACCUGUUUCUCAUAAAGUUAAAUCACUGUUUAGUGUUGUGUCUGAAUAAGGUGAUAUGGUGUGCAUAAAAUGUAUUUGUAUUGAUUGGCUUUUGUUAGCUGUAUUGCAGCCACUUUAAUGAAACCCAGACAUGCAUUAAUGAACAUGGCUGGGAGUCUUAAGAGAGAUCUUUUGAUACAUUGCUGAACAUAAAUUUCUGUUCUCGGCCCAUUAUUAACAACAGAACAUUCCUGCCCUCUGGUUUGUGGUGAUAUAGGGCCUUAGACUGAUAAAAUGCUCUCUCUAAGCUUUAAAUAAGAAAUCAACACUCUCACCAUUGUUCUUCAGAUCGUUAUUUUAGUUGUGAUCUUUUUUGUCACAUGUACAAUGAUCUCAGUUUUAUACAAAAGUUUUUAAAAGGUGCCUAUAUGCAAACAUGGGCUUUCAAUCCAAGGAGCUUUGUAUCAAUGUGAAAAACUUGGAAGACAGUUUGAAAUGUGCAGAGGAAGGAGUGAGUGAGUGAUGCCUCAACAGUGUUAAGUUUAGUAUUGGCUAGUCGAUAUAUACUACCUCAGGCAAGCAACCUGCCGAUUCUUUGAUUGGCCACCCCAAAUUCCCCACGCCCUCCCACCCCAAAGUAGCAUACACUCUUAAAUAAGCAAGCAGACAAGUAACUGUAUAUUAAUUCUCAUGAUGCUUAAGUCCCUGUUCCAACAUCUUGCCAAUACUUGCUCACCCUUGGGGAUAAAGAAAAUCAUAAAAGGAAUAUUGUAGAAUCUGUUUUUUAUGUAUGUUAGCUUUUGGAGCAUGCUGUUUGCAAAUUACAUGCAAGCUAAACAUGGUGAAUUCCUCUUUUCCACUUUCCCCUAAUUUCAUUUUCUCUAACCGGUAUUUGAUGAAGAGCAUUUGCCCUUUUACCUCUUGAUUAAUAUUCACAUGAUCAACAGUCAUGGGGAGAGUUGGGUCACCCCCAGCCACUUGCUCUGCCACAUAUUCAGGGUUCUGAAUUGCACAGGGCACCUUUGCAUGUAUUGCAGGCUCACAGCUUCAGGCAUUUCCCUCCAGCGUAUGGAGGUCAGCAAGGCUGGGUGAUGGGAAGGAGUCACAGUAGGGAAGUCUAGAAGGCAUGGGGAAGUCUAGAAGGCAUGGCCCUGCUGUACCCUUCAGUAGUAUUAAUCACAUAAGGGGCAACAAGAAACAGGGCUAUAGAGUGCUCUAUAUUUCAUUGACUUGCACAACAAAACUUCAUUGAGGCACUCAGUCCUGAACAUAAUAUGAAUCCCACAGAGGGAAGAGUGGGUCUGUGCUCACUGGCCUCGCUGCCUCUGCUUCAUCCCCAUCACAGAAUGUCUGAAUUGGAGACCCUGCCCGACAAUUCAUAGCCUCCUCACAUGCUUUAGAACCCUGCCAAAUUAAACAGCCGGAUAAGAAUAUUGGUUUUUAUGGACCUUGAUUGCCAACUCAGGUUGAAUACAGAGUGCCCAUUUCUUGAAUGGGAGGCAGAGGCUUCUGCUGGAGGAAAUGGGAAGUGGUUUUUCUAGAUUCCCAUUGUCACGCCCACUUCCACAUUCUUCCAGAGGGUCUCCCAACAUUCUGGACUGAUUUUUUGGAGACUGCAGGGGAAAAGACGAAUUGGUGAAAUUCGCUUCCUCAAUACUGUACCUUUCUCUGGGUUUGGUUAGGGAUUCCAUGAGUAGAACUAUACACAUUUAACAACAACAACAACAACAACAACAACAACAUAUUCUACUUUACUGCAAGGGCCCCCAAAUGAUACUAUGUUGAUUUCCCCCUUUUUAUUCCCCCCCUAACCAGGCAAAACAAACCUGUAUAAGUUUGAGUUCUAAUUCAAUGUAUAUUGCAAGUGGAGGUGCGGAUAGCACUGUUAACAUAUGGGAUUUAAAGUUCAGAAAACUUCACCGAGCUCUUAAGGUAAGACAAAAACACUUCCUGUUUUAUCUAUUUGUCUAUUAAAUAUGACUCUGAAAAAAUACCCCCUCUCAAAACAAACCCUCUAGUAGCUUUGGGGUCUGAUCUUUAAAGCCCAAAUUUCAACUCAAAAUUUUUAAUCCCUAUCACCAUAGGUGUCUGUGCUAGCAGCAGGCUUUGUGGACUGUGUUGCUAUAUAAGGAAUAUUUUCAAGCUGUCAUUUUAUUACAUUGUAUCUCUGAGUGAUUAUUUGAGUCUUCAGAAACCAUGUUAUGUGAAGUUGGCAAUGAGUGUUGGCUGAGCACUCCACUCCCUCCACUUCUCUUGCCCCUCGUGUUGUGUGCUGCCUUCAGUGCGAAGCUCCUUGCUUGUAUUAAGCCAGUCUUCCGUUGUGUUUGAAAUGGGGAACUCUGGCUUCGUACCGGUUAACAAACCUGAAUGUGAUUUUCUACAGUUUUCUGUUUUUUUUAAUCAGUUAAUCCUUUUAAUCUGUUGAUAAUCCCUGUCUACCUAUGCCACCAUAAUUAUGGAAUUUAGUUUCAAUGCUAAUUUUAGGAUUUCUAGCUUUAUAGUUGCCAAAUGGCAAUAAAGCUCCUCUUAAAUAACUAGCUUUUAUCUGAAAACAUAAUGCUUUGACAUUUAUAUGUAUGCAAAUGUAGGAUUAUCUGGAAGACUGACAGUUCUUAGGUAAAUAGCUGAACAAAAAUUGUAUGUGUUGGAGAAACAGUUGAUGUAACUGUGCUAUAUUGGAAUAGCAUUUUGUGUAUACUGAAUGUGGGAAACUUUUGAAUACAUGAACUCUAUAUGAAUGAAUGUUUCUACGGAUACAUUAUUAUCAAAAACACUGCUUCUAUCACUGUAGAAUAGGGGUAGGCAGAUGGGAGAUUAGAUCUUUGGGUGAUUUUUGGCUUGAUCAUAUGGGAGAUGGUGAUCCUUCAGAUGACAGUGGCCUCAAACUGUUUAGCUAUUGCAAGUUUGAAUACUCUACCAUGUGAAGGAGUUGCAUGUUAGGGGGAACAUUGGAUUAGGCUAGGCUUUGCCUGAUGUGCUGGCUUUUCAUUGCCAGAGUUGUCAGUCUGUUGGAUUUCAUACCCGACCUGCAGCAGAAGGUCCCAGGGCAGGUGGCAACAAUAUAGACAUGCUAGAUUAAAAUCAAUUGAAACAAUUCAAUUCUUGAUGUGGGGGAUUCAUUUGUGGGAUUAGCCCAUCUUCCCAUUGUACAAAGUUGUGCCUUUCCCCCUUAGAUGUGCAGGUCAGGGUCUUAGUCCUGCUGGGUCUUUUAAUUUUUGAUACCAACCUUUGGAGACUGAGCCAGUUACAAAUCUAAAUAUGAACUUUUUAACUGAUAGGCUUCUGGAAUAGAAUAUAACCAAACACAUGGAAGUUAGCUAGGUCCACUGUCAGCUGCUGCUUUGUGAAGCCCUAAAAGUGUGAGAGAGACAAAGCUGGAUUAUUCCGUGUGGUCUGAAUACUUGUACUACUUUAAACCUGACAGAACAAGAGAGGUUAAAAGGAUAACGACCUGUUUAAAAACAAGAAAACCAAUUGCAACUGACUAAUAUUUGCAUUUUCUUAUCUUCUUUAGGAUCACAGAGAUGAAAUAACUUCUGUAACAUUUAAUUGGAAUGAUUGCUAUAUCGCUUCGGGGUCUAUGAGUGGUGAAAUUAUUCUGCAUAGUCUUACUACGAAUUUAUCCAGCACUCCAUUUGGCUUUGGCAGCAGUCAGGUAAAGUGUCUGUGGAAUGUGGUUCCAAUGGUUCAGCUGCAGUGGGUCAUACAAGUGAUGGUUGGGUCUAACCAUUUGCAAUUAGAUUUAUACCCAAUUGUCUCUCCACCAGAUAAUUGUUCUGUACCCCCAAUAACUUCCAUCCUUGGGCUGCAAUCCUGUGCACACUUACCUGGUAGUAAGUCACGUUGAAUACAGUGAAACUCCCCCCCCCCCCGAGUAACAAUGCAUAGAAUUUGGCUGUUGGCAUUUCAGGAAGCCCAUGCUAAACUUGCGUAUUGAACUUGAGCUGCCCAACCCCACCUCCCAACCUUCCACUUCUGUAGUAUACUGUACAAGCAGUUCCUCUAUCCCUGACGUAGAACCUUUGUCCAUGCUACACAGUGGAUUGCUGUGGAACUGGGUCUUUUCAUGUGGCACAACCUCUUGAUCAUCUUCUGCACAUCUGAUUGAACUUAUGUGUCAUGGCAAAAUGGGUUAUCGGAGUCGGGAUAGACUUGCAAGUCCUUGCAAGGAAAUAGGACUUUAAGGGUGAAACCUUUACUCCUAUUCUUGAUUUUAAAAAUAAGUAAAUAAAUUUACUUAUAUCCUGUUCUUUCCCAUUGGUUCAGAACAGCUUAUAGCAGUGUUAAUAUCUGAGAUUUUAAAACUCAAGUAACUAUUAAUGUGAACAUGGGCCUGGUUGCAUUUCUCCUUGCUGUCUCCUUGAAUAGUUUUAUUGCUGGCACAGCUUGGUCAUAGCCACAUUUCAGUGCUGAUGUUGCAAAGCUAUAAAAAAUUUUUUUUAAUGAAUGUGCUUGGGUUUUCUUAUUAGAAUUUCUAGCAGGUUGGACAAGUUAAGUGUCACACAUACUGAGGGUUGCAAAUGGUAGCAUUGUAUUCAUUGGAAGCAAAAGCCAAGUUUUCAAAAGCUCUGUUUUUGAUUCAUUGUUAUCAUCCAUCAGUUAUAUUGAUGCAAACUUCUUCUUAAUAGUCAGUUUGCUCUUUUUUAAAAAGCCACCUCGUUGCAGAGCUAAUAAAGUUGUCAUAGCUGUGCUUUAUGUGUGGCUUAUUUGGGAAACUCUCUCUGACAGUUAUUGAUGGACAACGUGCUGUGAGUUAAAGACCAAAGCAAUGAAAGCAGGGUGGUGGUGGUGGAGGAGGAGGAUCUGAGUUGCAGUGAUAAGAUGCUGAAAACCUUACAGCUGAGUUGCAUUGACUGUUAUUUCCUGCUAUUUACUUUGCCAUUUGUAGCUUUUCACUACAUGCUGCUGAGGAAAGAUUGGGUUGCUCUUUAAACCUUGAGGAAUAUUAAUGUAAAAUAUAGGGAGCAAUGUAAUUUACAGUGAAGGUUUAUGGUAGAAUAGCAAAACAGGGUUUAAAUAUUGCCUAUUACAUAAACCAUAUAGCACUAAUGAAAACAAUGCAAUCCUUUAUUUGUAUGGGAUAAUGUUAGAAGCAUUAAAAUAUCUCAUUUCUUUCUGACUACCACCUGUUUAUACAUUUCUUUUCCUGAGUGAGUUAUUUUACUUAACUGUCAUGCGAGACAAAAGAAAGAGAGAGGCAAAUGGAAGCAGUGGGUUUGAAAAGCUAGAAAAGCCUUGGAAGAGACAUAAAGUGGGUGGCUUAAUUUUUUCCUGCAACCUGGGUGCUUUCCCCCUGCCCCUAAUUCAAGAGAGAGGGCCUGUUCUAAAUAUUGUUUAAACAGACUUCUUAAACAGGCAUUCUCUUUUUCUCACAUCUAUUUUGGAAGUUUAAAUACCUGAUAGUCAUCACCUGGCUUGGCUGGUACAUGUUUCUUUGUUAGUCUUUCAUGGGGAUGGAGAGAAGCUGCAGCAGAUUCCUCAAAGAUACAUAUUUUCCUAUCUACAAAGACCACGUCAAAGGGGCUUGUGGGAGAGGAGUGAGGAAAGGCAAAUAAAAGUUUUCUUAUUAUUGCCUAUAUGCCUGUGCCUUUUGCGUGUUGCAUUGUUUUAAAAUGUAAAUUCAGAGCGUGCUAAAAGCCUAAUACAUUAAGGAACCCAUAAGGAUUGUUUUUGAAAGUAGAUUGUCAUGGAUUUGAAAUUAGGACAGUUAUUUAAAGUCUUAACAGUAACAAAGAAUGCACUCAACUUAAAGCCCAUUAUUCCAUCAGUUUCAGGUCUAAAGUAUCUUGUUGAAUCACAGCUCCACUCUUGAAAACUCUUAAUGGUUGAGACUUAAAAAGCUUGGCACUUUGUCAGGAUUCAAGUUUCUAUUGUUACUGCAAAAAUGCCGAGCUUGGAAAAGUUGUUAAAUUUUAAUUGCAUGUCACUCCAGUGAGGCCUAGAUGGCAGACUUGCUGACUAAACAUCUGAAAUGGCUGUUCUUGUAAUAAAGAUGUAUCAGUGCUGAUGCUCACUUAAAGGGUUUCUAGGUGUUACUUUUUCUGUUUCUCACCACUAGAUACCAUGUCAAAUUCAAUCUCUUUUGUGGUGGGGAGCAGCACUGCAUGAGCACUUCAUAGAGAUGAAUCGAAAUUGGGGGCUGAUUUUUUCACAAAUACUUUUGUGCUCACCCCAUUUUAAAAUAUAUUUUAUGACUGCUCCUGCUGCAAAGACAGUCACGCGCUGUUUUGUUAUAAUGUGCUUAAACUGCCACUGUACCACAAAACGAGCAGCAGGGGUAUGCUGUUUCCCCCCUCCAAUUCCCUGCUCCCCCAAUAGAUUAGGCUUUAUUGCCAGAUUUCACCUAUGGUAACUGGGUGUUAAGGAUGGCAAAGACCUAAAAGCUGUGUAAGUAAGUGAUGAUACUGCUGCAUUUGAAGGUAAGGCUAGUACUAGGAUUCCAGUGGUACAGCCUCUUGCCAACUAAUUAGCAAAGAGGUUUUUUAAAAAACGUACACAGGUACUGUAGUUUAAAUAUAUGCAUUGGCAAAGCAUCACUUUUAACAUAUGCAAAUGUGUUUUCUUUCUUUUUCAGCCCAUUCGGCACUUGAAAUAUUCUCCCUUUAAGAAAGCAUUAUUGGGUAGUGUUUCCGACAGUGGGGCUGUAACUCUGUGGGAUGUCAACAGUCAAGCCCCAUAUCAUAACUUCGAAAGUGCUCAUAAAGCUCCGGCCUAUGAAAUCUGUUUUUCUCCCAUCAGUGAGCUGCUACUUGUAACUGUAGGUCUGGAUAAAAGAAUCAUUCUCUAUGACACCACAAGUAAAAAGUAUGUAUACCUUUGUCAGAAUAUUAUCUGACGACAGAAUUCUGUGUGCUUUUCAGUGGUAUAAAAAGGAAUUUAUGGCAUACUAAAAAAACGGGGGGGUUUGGAAACCCAUUCCUUCAAUAUAUUUUGUGAAGCACUGCUGAUCAACAAACAAAUAAAAAUAAAGCCAGUCUACUGAGGCUUGAUUUGGUCUCCUUUUAAUUGAUUGAGGCAACUGGAACAUUUAGCAUUUCUUCACAAAAAUGGUUAGGUGUGGAACUUUUAACGUGCCAUAAGGUUUGGUUUUGUGAAAGUAAUAUUUGGAGUGUGGUUCUUAAUGGUGGAAAGCAAUUUGUGUGUGGUUGUCUUAGUUACUGAAUUGCUUGUAUUAAAACUGAUGGAGUCCUUCUGCUUGACUUGAAAGCUUUCUUAUUUGGUACACACACGUUUCACGAGAGGUGUCUAAAAUUGAGACAUUUUGACAUUUUAAUGGUUGUAGUUUGCAAAAGUCUCUUUAUUGCAUCUGCAGAGCCAAUAUAUGAGCCACAGGGAAAAUGCCAAAACCCACUGUUGAGCAAUACCUUUAGUAGGACCAACCAAAGUUUGCAAAUAAGGGAGCAAGCUCUCAAGAUCUCCAGAAUUCUUCAUUGGGCUGGAUGUACUCAUUGCGGGUAUUCCUUCUGCCUUCCUUGGCCUGGGCAUCCAAAGCAGAGGGAGCCCUGAGUCCUCCAAAGAACAAGAGGACACUUGAAAGGGGGAUAGUCCCACAGGGAGCUGUUUGACACUGGCAGUUUCCAUCCUACCUACACACUUGAAUUCUUGUCACGUUUGAGGAGAGGGGAUAUCCAUUAGCAGCUGGGAAUGUGUGUAUCUGCUUGAAGAAUGUAGCUUUAUGUAUUGUAUUAACUUAAACAUAACAUUGGGAAAUAAGCAGAACUAAAAUUACAGUGUGGUAUAAUAGAUAGUGUUGGCUUUGGGUUUAAGUCUUAGCUUGGCAGUGAAGCCCACUGAGUAAUAUUGGGCCAGACACUACCUUUUAGUCUAACCUGGCCAACAGCUAAGUGAAGAGUUAAUGAAAAAUAACUAUUAUUUUGGAAACUGUAAGUAAAAUUGUGGCUGUCCUUUCUCCCCCCCCCCCCCUUCUCGGGUGUUCAACAUGUUUCUUCAUCACAAAAAAGGCAGCUGAAGACUUUAGUAGCAGAAUCUCCUUUAACUGCAGUAGAAUUCAUGCCUGAAGGAACUUCUUUGGUGGUUGGAUCUUCUCGUGGAAAGAUAUACCAUUAUGACCUAAGAAAACUGUCCGCACCUGUGAAAUCAGUCAGUGCUCACAAAACCUCUGUGAAAUGCAUAACACUACAGUGCUCUAACAGCUUUUCAAGGGUAAAUGUCUUGUGCAUUUAGUGUAUAAGUGUAGGUUAAAACGGAAAUAAAAUGUGCCUAAUUAUGAUCAAUAUAUGCCAAAGCACACAAGAUGGCAUGUUUGUGCUAAGGUCUGUAUCACUUUUCUAUUGUAAUUGUAGUUAGAAUUGUAUACACCUGAUCCUUUUUUCAAAGCUUGAUGGUUGUGUGUAGUUAACACACAUCUAUUUGAGUGCUCUGUCCCCCCACCCUUCCAAUACAGUGGACCCUUCAGAUAUGAACUUAAUUUGUUACGGGGGUCCAUUCGCAACCUGAAAAGUCCGUAUCCAGAGGGGCUGCUUCUGUGCAUGCGCUCAUGGUGAAACCCGGACAUAUACACUUCCGGGUUUGCAGCAUUCGCAACCCAAAGUUUACGUAUUCGUAGGGAUACGUAAGUAGAGGUACGACUGUAUUAUAAAUUGUGUCUGCUAUUUUGGGGAUUAGAGUCCUAUCGGAAGCAGCAUUAGAAGAAAGUUGUAACUCAGUACUUGACUGUCCUUUUCCCCUUCAGAGUAGAGCACUUCUGACUAACUUAUUUCUGUUUCAGUCUAGCUUUAAGUCAUCCUUAACUAAGCAGGCCUGCAAAAGAUCUGAUGUCAAAACAACAAGCAAUACUGGAGGGAUUCAGAAUGCUGGCAUGAUCAAAAACGUUACUCCUAACAUGCCUGCCACGUUCCUGUCCCCAUCCUUGCCAACAGCUGAAGUUAAAGGAGCUGAUGCCAUUCAGGAUAAAUCUGGUAAAAAGAUGCCAGCACUUGUGAGAAUCAUGAAGGAGGGAAAUACGAAAAUACCAAUUGUUGCCAUUUUAAGAAUUGCUUAAUUGGUCCUUUAUUUUAUUUCUUUACUUAUAGUAUUUAUUGGGUGGUAUACGUUUUUAAAAAACCAAAUUCUUAAAAUAUAAAAAUGCAAUAUAGAGAAAAUUAAAACCAAGUUAUAAUAAUAUUGGAAUAAACCCAGCAACAGAGAAAACAGGAGCACCCAAAGUCUAAAGCUGAGCUCCCCAGUGUGGUAUAUGUGGGUGCAUUCAGCCACCCUGUUUGGUGCCUGCAAAGGCCUCCUGCUCCUCCAAAUGUUUUUUUUAAUUUUUUUUUUGGGGGGGAAGGGUUGUUUAGAUCAUGGCACCUGCUCUUUUGGUCUGUUUUGUUGGUUUUGGGGUUGGAGUGGGGAGAUUUUAAACACUGCCAGUUUUUCUUCUGUGAAAAGGGCAUUUUGAAGUAUCCACAAUAGUGUUCUAGAUCUCUAAAAAGUGCCCCCAGGCCCAAAAUGUUGCAGACCAAAGUACUGAGAAAAUAAGGUCUUCACCUGGUGCCAAAAAGAAGCUCAACACUGUGACCUGAGGUCCAGCGCCGAGGGCCUCCUGGCGAUUCCCUCACUGCGAGAAGUGAAGUUACAGGGAACUAGGCAGAGGGCCUUGUCGGUAGUGGCACCUGCCCUAUGGAGUGCCCUCCCAUCAGAUGUCAAGGAAAUAAACAACUGUCUGGCUUUUAGAAGACAUCUGAAGGCAGCCCUAUUUAUGGAAGUUUUUAAUGUUUGAAGUUUUAUUCUGUGUUUAAUGUUCUGUUGGUAGCCGCCCAGAGUGGCUGGGGAAACUCAGCCAGAUGGGCGGGGUAUAAAUAAUACAAUUAUUAUUAUUAUUAUUAUUAUUAAUUAUUAUUAUUAUUAUUAUUAUUAUUAUUACCACCACCUCUGUAGAUGAUAUUCCGCAACUGGGGUGCCAGUCAUACUAUUACUCUCCUUUAUUUAAGAUACUUACAGUAGCCACCCACUUCCUCUCAUUUGGUGGGGUGCAUUCAGAGAAGGGUCUCUUAGGGUCCAAGCAGGCAUAUAUGGUUGGAGAAGAUCAUCUAAGCAACCUGGCUCCAUUCCCAUACCCAGGUAUUGGCUCAGCACACCCACUGCCUCACCUGGAUUAGUUGAAAAGGAGAGAAAAAACUGCAUGUUGUACACCUGUUGGUGAUGCCUCAGUCCUCACCUCUGGAUUAUCUAUUUGAGUCAUUUACUGUAGAUGUUAAAUAGCAUGGGGAUAAAAAUAUCCCUGUGGAGCCCAUAGCAUAAUUGGCAAUGGGUACAGCAAUAUCCUGCCCCCUCUAGCACCACUUUUUGGAAUCAGCUAUCCAGGUAUCAGUAGAACCACUGUGAGACAGUAUUUCCAACACUGAACCAGACAGCUUAUUCAGAAGGACACCAUGGUUGAUAAUACUGAAAGCCACUGAGGGGUCCAAGAGGACCAGGGUUAUACUCUUCCUAUCCUUCUCUUGGCAGAGUUCAUCCCAAAGGGCACCCAGAAUACAGACUUGGAAAGCUCAAGCCAUGUGUUCAUUCAUCGUUGCUAGCGAUUGACUUAAUGUUUUUUCCAGACCACUGCACAAGUGACUGAAAUAAAGAUGAAGAACGUGAUUCUAGAUCUUAACUAUUUUAUAAAAACAUUAAAAAAUAUCUGUAUGUUGUGAUCCUUUUCGGUACAUAUAAAACAUUCAAUUAAGUGUGAUGCUUUCUCACUAAGCUCAAACUGACAGCUUAAUCUGUCUUGAUGAAUGGAGUUCAUACCUGUUCACCUCCUUGUGGAAAUGUGAGUGGGAGUUCUGUCAAGCACUUUGGGUGCCAAAUUGAAGUAAAGCUAUCUUUAUUGCUAGGUAAUGCUAGCAUUAAAGCUUAAGGUGGAAUCCUCUUAUCGCAGUUUUGGAGGAUAGGGUGCUGCUGAGUAAUUUUAUUGUCCACACAGUUAAUGUGAUAAGACAACAGGUUUUGUUGUACCUUAGUGUGUUUGCUAGACCUGUUGUCAGAGGCUUAUUGAUAAUGGCAGUAGCUUUUACUUCUUUCCAAAUCCUUGACAUCUUCCCUCAGAACCAAAUUCUAUUGGUUCCUAUGGGACUUGUUUCCAGUUUAUUUAUUGGCAGCCUUCUACCUUUUUAAAGCUUCUUUUAGGGUGCUUAAAUACCCAGGCUGAACUAUAUUGAACUUGUCUUGUUCUUCCUGUAGGACUCUUCUACGCAUAAACAUUUAUGUUGCUUAUGGAACUAGAAAGUGCUGGUGUCUAAUAGAUUUUGUGAAGUAAGCUUAAUUUGUCAUUUAAAAUGACUCUCUUAUUCAGGAAAAUGGAUGUGUUCCUCUUCUAGGAUUCCCACGCAGCUGCAGUUUGGAUGUAAUUCCUUCCAAAGAAAUUGAUCAUGGGAAUACUUCUAAUCCAGCUGAUGAUUUGGGGAGAAAUAGUUUAGGUGACUUGUUCUCUCCACUUCGAGAUGGUAAGUUGACAUUGGAAAAAGAUUGUAUAGAUACAUGUGCUGGAAAGGACUCCAUCCUAUUACAUCCUGUAGUUAAGACCCUUAAUUGUCAUGCCCAUCCUAUAUGGAGCAUAUGCUAUUAAAAUAAAAUAAAAUAUUAUAGCCAAAUUAAUAAGGUGCCUUUUUAGAUAGUGGUCAGUGAUAAUCCCCAAACCAUGCCUAUUGUAUUAAAGAAAUUAAGCAGUAAUUGUUUACUGUUUGAACAAAAGAUCAGGUAGAGCUGUUACUCAGAUUCUACCUGUAUAGAAUUUUUCUCCCUUUUUACAGUCAGUAUUUAUUGCUUUGUCCUAUAGAUGUUGCAGUUUGUAAAACAAGUGAAGAUGUUCCCGGAAAGAGUGAUGGUAAGCACUUACUGUAGUACAUCUUUAGUAUCUCUUGAGGGCCCAGCCUGACACUAAAUUGGUUUAAUGCUACAGGAAAUCAGAAUAAGUAGCAAUAAAUGAAGGUAAGUAAAAACAAACUGGGGCGUGGGGUGUAAUAUUUGCUACACUGUGCAUGCUAAACCUGUGUUCAGGAAACAUUCUUGGUUCAAACAGUACAAAUAUAUAAUCCUUUAAAAUAUAAAGUUGUAUGGAAAUGAAGUGACUAAAAUAAUAAAAAAUACACAAGUAUGUGACUUUGCCUUUCAUUCUAGGUAUGGAUUUUCAACCUUACCUUUCCAGUCUGGAUUUUCUUUCCCAGUUCAGCACUGCAUUGCCUGUAAGAAAAAAUCCAGUAGGAUCUGGCCCACAAGUAGUGCAUUCUAGUCCACUUAAUAUAUUUGUUGGCUCUCCUAUCAAAGAGGAUGAUGAGAAUCCAGAUGUUGAUGCUAAGAAAACUAAUCAUGGAAGACAAGAGUCCAGAGAACAUUUCAAACAGGUAAUGCUGUAAUUCUAAUUGCCUGUGACUUGAGCUGUCCGCCUUGCAUUUUUGUUUGCUGUUUCUGCUUUUUGCUGCAUAGAAACAUGCACAUGUUGGAUAGUAGUGCCUUCUAGGCAUGGGCUGUUUGCUUCCUAACCAUAGUUAUGAGAUUAGGAGCACCAUAAUGCAUGCAAAUCCUCCCACCCCUUUCAGUUUUGGGGUGUUGGGAGAGGGAUAGUGCUUCCCUCUGCACUCACCUCUCACCUGUGACUCCUAGAAGCUGCAGCUUGGGGUGGAUUGAGAUAAUAAGCUUUCUCCCAUCUUUAAACAGCUUUUGUUGUUGCUAGAUAGUGCUGAUUUUGAUUGUCCCAAAGGGCCCAGCACAUGACUGAGUGUACUACUUAUCAGGCAAGAAAUGUUUAUAUUUGUGGGGCUGUGUUGGCUUUCACAUUUAUUUCCCCCCUUCUCUACAAAGUUGAGUUCCUCCAGCUCUGAGUUUACAAAUAUGAAUACCUCCCCGUUGGCCAACAUAAUCAGGAGUCCUGAUCCCCGAGAGAGACUUAUUAAGAACCUUCAGGCACAACUGACCUAUGAAUCGCCAGUGAACGGUCCUACCUCAGCAAGUAGGUCUAAAUCUCACCUUUCUGUUAUGGAACAUAAUCAACUGGUUAAUGACUUGGCAUCCUAGGUGAAUGUAAUGGGAGUACAACAGUCUCUAAAUAUUUUUUUAAUAUAUAAAAUUUAUGAUGUACUACUGAAUAAAAAUGUAGCAUAAUCUAAUGUUUCUGUCUUUGUGCGCAUGGUGUACUCUGGCAAUUAGUUUGUGUAAUUUUCCCGGGAAUGGUCUUCAAUCACUCCAGCACUUCAAUCACAUUUCCAGUCAUGCGCCUGCUUUUAAAUUCUUAAAUCCCAGCACUUAUGAACAGUCAAUAACUUACGUUUCCAUUUCAUAAAUAUAGGUGGUGAUUAGAAAUAAUGUGACUUGUGUGCUGUGGUGCGCCCGUCUUGCCUGUUUAUAUAGCAGUUGUCUGUAUCUUUUUGGGUCCCUUUUCUUGCCCCAAGUUAAAAUGAAAUGCUCAUACUUUACUUUGCAUAGCUUCAAAGAUAACUUCUUCGGUUACUGCUGGAGUUGCCAAUUCGCUAUCGGAAAAAAUAGCAGACACUCUUGGAAGCAGCAGAUUGAAUGCACCUUUAUCAUCCGUUCAAAUUCAUUUCAUUCAGAAUAUGAUACAAGAAACUCUGGAUAACUUCAGGUAAGUUGAGUUGUAUCGACACUUUGACUGUAGUUAUCAGUUUAUAAAGCCUGAGCAAACUAAUAACUUUAGCGGAGCCCGACAACGAGAUGUUGCAGUGUAUCUCUGGAGUGUGUGGGUUACUUGUGGCUGAGGGUAUGUGUGUGAAGAAACAGAAGAUACAUCAAAGGCACUAAUCUCAGCUCUAGCUUGGGUCUGUCUUAAGGAACAUCAUCUUUAUUUAUGAAUAUUUAAAAGUGUGUCCAGUUCCCAUGCAAGUCAAUAGAGCAUGAGCUUCAUGCAGUCAAGUACUAGAUUUGGCCAGGGAUGAGGUUUGAGAGGAUAAGGUGACCUUUGCUGCAACCUGAGAGGUAUGGGAGAAUUUUGGCAGACUCUGAACCAGCCUCUCCCUUCCUCUGACCUGCAGUAUUAACUCUGGGCUGCAUUGCAAGCCUGCCUCAAGUACCGUAUUUUUCGCCCCAUAGGACGCACUGCCCUAUAGGACGCACCUAGUUUUUUGGGGGGGAAAUAAAGAAAAAAAAAAUUAUUUCCCACCCAGGCACGGGGCUGGCGUGGGGGAAGCCCGAGCUUCCCCCGACCCCAGCCCCCAGAACAGCCUGCUAUCCGCAAGCCUAGGGAGCCGCGCCGGUCUCCCCAGGCUUGUGGAGAGCUGCGCGAAGCCCGGGCACGCUCUUCAGCGUGCUCGAGGCUUCGGAAUGCAGGCAGCUCUGCGCAACCCUCCGGAGCCCGGCGCGGCUUGUAUUCGCCCCAUAGGAUGCACAUUUCCCCUUCAUUUUUGGAGGGGAAAAAGUGCGUCCUAUAGGGCGAAAAAUACGGUAUGCUGUUUUGACAACAACCCUGUGGUGAAUAUGAAUGCUCCAAAUUACUGGCUUCGUUCUUCAUAGUCUGUGGGUGGCAUGGGCCUCUGCAACUCGGACUUAAAAAAGAAAAGGUUAGCAGGGUGCUAUAAAAUUGGCUGGCAUUUCAGCAUCGCAUCAGAAAUAGAUCAAAUUAAUAUAUCUACCAAAUAUACACUUCAGCAUUCUUUCUGCCCCAGGAGAGCUAAUUGUCUUUGAGUGGUUUUAAGAAAGCAGUGGGGCUAGCUCUGGAUUUGUGUCUUAAGUGCUUCUCUUAUCAUUGUGACUUUCUAUGACAUCACUUUUUUUAGCCUUGUUACUUGUUUAUGAGCAAAAAACCCACCACAUUUCAGUGUGCUGUUGUAGUACAACUCAAUCAGGACGUAAUCAAACUUUUGUAUGAAUUAAUUCAAGAAGUUGGUAAGUUAAUUCACAAAGCCCCUGGAGUGUGCUGCUCUUGCACAUUUUAAACAGCCAGAAAAUGGCUUAGAUUCUCUUCAUAUUGAGUAAAUACAAUCUGCCACAGAGCAACAGUUUACAGGUGCAUCUGUAGGCACAUAUCAUGAAGCUUUUAUUGUAAAUGAAGAAUGUUUGCUGGAAUCUGUUCCAAUGUGCAUCUGGAGCAAUUACAUUUUCCCAAUUUAUAAUAAAAUAAAUUUUAUGGCAAAAAACAUUCAGUGUGUUUCAUUUCCUGGAAUCUGAAAUAGUACAUUUUCAGUAUUGGUUGACUAAUACUACUUGGGUUGUCAUCAGACUUCUCCUUUUCUGUUCUUAUUCCUAGCCUUGUUUAGCUUUUGCUUAUAGCAGAGCAUUCUGCUUGCACCUGGUGUUGUGAAACUGGCCAUUGCCUCUUGGCUAGAAGGAGUGACUUGUAAAAAAAAGCAGAGGGAGGAGGGGGUUCUAGUACUUUGUCCUUCACUUCCAAAGUUUGUCUCUAUUCCAUUUACCAUAGUCUAUAGCAAACAGAGUCUAUGGCAUUACUGAGUGGUAACCCAAACCCCUGAUCUGUUAUGCUGGAAGGCAUUUAAGUUGAUGGUGCCUCUACCCAACCAUGGACGUUCCAUGUGCUCCCUUGUAAAUUGUGGGUGGAUGGAAGUUACUAGUGGCAGCUGGUGCAAAUCUCUGAAAUGGGGUGUUUCAAGGCAGGAUUGGGGUGGAGCUGAGCUACUCAAGAAUCUACUGGCUAUCAAGCCAGUCUAGCUACUGGCAAGCUGUGGCACUGAGUCCAAUAUGGGCCUCUCUGCUGCACCAGACCAUAGCUGGUGCAUCAAAAAUAAUAAAAUAUCAGAUAUUUCAAUUGUGCCCUUAACCUUAGAUGAUUAGAUGACCCUUGGGGUCACUUUGAACUCUAUAAUUCUGUGAUCCUAUGACUCAUUAAGAAUCCAGAACAGUGGCACCUCGGGUUACAGACACUUCAAGUUACAGACUCCGCUAACCCGAAAGUAGUACCUCGGGUUAAGAACUUUACUUCAGGAUGAGAACAGAAAUGGCGCAGCGGCAGUGGCAGGCCCCAUUAGCUAAAGUGGUGCUUCAGGUUAAGAACAGUUUCAUGUUAAGAACGGACCUGCAGAACAAAUUAAGUUCUUAACCCGAGGUACCACUGUACUAGAAAUUAAUUGCUACGAAGGAGCUAUGCUUUCCCUAAUGUCAAAUUAGUUAUUGUGGGCUCCGAUAAAGAUACGCAUUAUUGUUGAAUUUAGGGUGGGGUAGGAUAAGAUGUUUAGUCUUGUCCUGAAAAUCACCUUUAAUUUAAGAACCAAAGAGAAAUGGGUAAACUUGCGAACAGGAAUUGAAGGUGCAUGGUAUUUGUUCCUUCAGGGAAGCCUGCCAUCGUGACAUUGUGAAUUUGCAAGUGGAGAUGAUCAAACAAUUUCAUGUGCAGCUGGUAUGUAUAAAAUAUAUACAGAAAUGUGCAGAUGUUUUAAAAGCAUUUCAGCUGAAAACCCUACUCUGGAUUGCUUGUUCAUCUUAAGAUCCUAGACAGAGCAGUGAGAUUAUUGCGAACCUCAGUUUGCUAGGUUUGGAAUACUAUAAUUUUUGCUAAGUGACACUGCAAACUAACUUGCAAUCUGUUGUUUCUUAAAAGCUGGGCACAGAAUAGUACUGUCUGAUGAGUGUAAUAUCACAUACUUGGGGUGGAAGGGAAACUAGAUUGCUUUGCUGAGAAAGUAGUGCUUGAGACAGACUUCCUACAUUCUUGGUGAUUGACUUCAAAUUUUCAAAGGGGAUGGAUGGGUGGAUAUCUUUCUGUGGAAAAAUUACAGUGGCCGAGUUUGCAUGUCACAAUAAGCCAUAGUGUGAAAAACUAUUGUUUACCAUGUACACUGCUCAGUUGCACCCACGCUUUGCCAAUGUGAGACACAAACCAGAGAAUGUUUCUUCUUGUAGUUUGGAGAGAGAGAACCAAUGAGCACUUGUUCACAUGUAAUGCUAAGCCAGCCACUCUGUGUGGUUUUGCAAAGGGGUGGGGAAGGAGGAACAAGGUGGGUGCAGUUGAGUAGCAUAUAUGAGCAUACUGCUCAAUCACAGUAAACCAGAGUUUAUUUCAGCCUGUGGCUUGCUAUGGCAUGUGAACUGGGGCCAAUAUCUUCUGACCACCUUGAUUCCAACAUUAGUAUUCUAUAUAAAAAUGCAUAGUCGGGUUUGAAAAUCUUUUUCUCCAGUAAUGCAAUGUUCUGUUCUUUUCCCCUCUAGAAUGAAAUGCAUGCCUUACUUGAAAGAUAUUCUGUAAACGACGGCUUAGUAGCUGAAAUUGAGAGAUUACGUGAGGAAAAUAAAAGAUUGCAAGCCCACUUCUAAAAAGUCCGUGUUCAUGCAAGGAAAAUGAGUUGAAUUUUUUUUAAUUGUGCUAUGGCACACUGAUGUCAUAUGUCUGACACUUAAGUAGUAUGUGUAAACUCAGUGUUUUUUCCAGCACUAAAGAACCUUAUUUUAAAAUAGAAAAGGCAAUAGUUAACUGAUUAAUACAAAAAUAUGCACUAAUAAUGUUUAUAUCAAAGGGUUUUUAUGGAAAACUUGAAAUACAUUGGUUAUAAAGAGAGGCUUAACAAGAGUAUUAAUCAAUUUUAGCUAUAAACAAAGUGCCUUUUUAUAAAGGGAAACUAAAUAGGAAAUGUAUUUUGUAUAAGAAUUGCUUUGUUCUGAUAAAUUUAUUAUGCAUUUCAGUUAUUUUUUUUGCAAUGAAGACUUCUAUGACAAUGUCUUGGUUUUGUUUCCUUUGGCUAGAAAAAACAUAAAUGUUUCACAUGCAGUUUUUAUUGUAUAUGCUCUUUUGCUACUGACUUUUUCCUAUAAAUGUUACUUUGUAGGUGUAGAAUGCAAUCUUAGAUUUUUGUUACAACUGAGUUGCAUAUUUACAUAAUUUAAUGGCGUACUGAUAAUUUGUUCCGACUGAAUAAACAAUUUGUGAAGUUGCAUAAACAUGCUUGACUAAUCCCAGUCCUCUGUUUCUGACUUUCAGCUUGGUCCUCAAGCUCUCUUUUUAGCACAGGUCCAGCGCAGUCCUAAGAGUCAUAAGAACAUCUGUGUUUUUACCCAGUCUGCAGUUGUGGUUGGAAAAGAUAUAUUUACCAUUGUAUGACUAGUCAAGAGCAGAAAAUCAAACUCAUAUUCCUAUUUGACUCUUGUCUUAAAUGUAAUGGCUUGAUUACAGGUUUAAACUCUCUUGGCAUACUUUUAUCUGGCUUCAUAUUACCAUUUUUGCAUUGUAAAUUGAGUGCUUACUUUGUGGUUCACAUGCAGCCUGUUCAGACAGUAGGCAAACUAAUUUUUAAAAUGAAAAGUUGUUGCCCUGUUCCCUGCCAACAGUCUUUGCAGCUAAGACUGCAGUCAUGCCAGCCUUCAUCGAAGUAAGUCCCAUUGAGCUUAAUGAGACUGACUUUUAGGUAGGCAUGUCUGUAGAAUUGCACUGUAAGAUUAUCAUGAACAUCUCAAGUUGACUACAAAACUUGGCUUGUCUUCAGAGAAUUAUCAUUAAGGAACAGCCUUAAGCAUUUCAUCCCAGUUUUUGCCUUGGGAAGGGCUUUAGAUUGGGUGGAGGGAAUGACCAACCCUUGCAGCCUGGCUUUCUUAUCAUUGCUGUUCUCUGACGCCAUAAUUUCUUAGAAGCCCAAAAUCUAUAUUAACAACAUCAAUAGUGUAAUUGUUAUUCCCAUAGUUGCCUUGGGAGGAUCUACCCUUAAAGGUAAACAAGUCUACUUGGUAAUUUGAUGUCCACUAGGACUUACUUCAUCCCAUUUUUUAGGAUUUCAGGAAGUAUGUUGAGGAGCAUCGCUUCUGCUCUGCUCUUUUUAUUUAUAAAUACUGUGUUGUGAAGGACAUUAUGAAGCUUGACAACAUCCAAUAACUUCUGCUGACCAUCAGGGUCACUCAGUUGUUUGUGAAAGUGGAAGGUGCACUAAAUGAAGCUAGUGAUGUGUUUCUUGUAUGUGUACAGCUAACUGACCCAAGAUCUCUCUGCCCACGUUUGGGAGAUUCCCCUCUCCCAUAGCAUCCCAAUAUGAUGCAGGCCCUAUAGUUCAGGAGGCCUCCCAGUCCCUAAAAAGCAUUUUUCCAGGGGUGCAGAGAGGAGCAAAAGAGAAAAGGUGCCUUCCACUUGUGCUACCGCAAGCUUACUUUUUAAGGUGCCAUGCUUUUGUUUUCAUGGUAGCAGACUUGACCCUGAGUACUUCCCUGGAAUUUUGGAGAAAAGAAACUUUUUGACCCCAGUGUUGGCUGUUCCUUAUAUUUAGAGGUAACCUUUGACUGUGCAGACUUCCCUUGUUUUCCUACUACGUCAUGAAACUAUGCAGCAAUCAUCCAGACCUCAGGGGAGUAAUACAGGAUUGAUGUUCCUAAAACUGAAAUUGCCGAUGACUAUAUGCAAUCAUACCUAUGGGAAUUACUGUUGAAAGUAAAGCAUUUAAGUGCAUGAUUCAGCUGCGGCUUUGUACAGAAAGAAUGCAUACUGUUUUGGCAGAGAUAUAAAACUUUGAGAUAGCACACGUCAAAAUAGUACUUGCCUUCAUUUGCCCUCAUUUUAGUAUGUAAAGUAUUUUAAAGUUUGAUGCAAGAGAAUUUGUAAGAUAAACUACUUUGCUUUUGCAUGCUGCAUAGAUCAAAAUCAAUGGGACAUUAAAAUGCUAAUAUGUAGACAUAAAAUCGGGAAAUACCUUUAUAGGGGGAGAAACAUUGAGUACUUUUAGUUUUAAAACUUUCACAGCAGCACAUUAAAUGCUUUUGUUUUGGUUUUAUGUGUUACACCUUUGACUUUAGGUGCAAUAACAUCGAGAAUUUAAAAUUAAAGCAUAUAUUUCUGUGUUCAAUUACAUGCCUCACCUUUGGCUUGUUAUAAUUUUCUUUUUCUCUAUAAUUGGGGCAUGGAGGUGCUUUUUUGUUCUCAUAAACUCUUAUGGAAAACUUGGGCUUC